AUGGCAUUAUCGAUAGCUCUGCCUCUUUCUGGUUUAGAAGCGGAACACUUUUACGCGAUAGGAAGCAGAAUUUUGUACGAGCAAGGUCUGAGAACUUUGGCCGGUUGUGGACCGAUUUCACCGAGCACGGCAAGCGAAUCAAGUGGAGUCGGUAGCUUUGUGCCUUCCAUCGAAUCAACCACACCGGAACAAACGCCAGCUUCUUCUAGACCAGAGACACCCGCUGAAGAUGCUCCCAGAAAACAGCCGAAGCCGAGCACACAGCUCCGUGUUUACUACAGACAACGGGACAUAUUAAACUUAGGAGCGAAUAUCAGAGAACCGUGCUGGCAAAUGAGAGUCCCGACGAUGCCACGUUACGAUUUCAAAAGCUUCAUGGAAAACCGAUCGAUCUAUUAUCGUUUAGGCGAAUACGGUUUAAUCGAGGAGUAUCCAACGAGAAACUGCAAAGAAUGCGGCUUCAGCGAACCGUCGCCGUAUCUGUUUUGA